AUGAAGGGUUUCAUCUCACGGCAAACGCGAGCUGAGAACAAGACGGACAGGACAGGGCCCAGUGUUGAGUCCAUAAGGCGAACAGCUGAGAGUAGGUCCGGCAAUUAUGAGGUACAUCAGGCCUACCAGGAUGGAUGGGCACGCAAGACGUCACAAACGCCAGAAAGAACAGUAGAUCAUUUAUGUACUUUGUCCUGGUCCCAUGGAGUCGGUACCCAGCAUAGUGUCCCCGAGGGAAAAGCAACGAGAAACCCUUCCACUGCAACGGCAUCGAUCCAGGCUACAGUACCAGGCGAACGGGUGCCCUGGUUCUCGGAAAAGAUGGUUCCCGUCAUGUUGCCGCCUCCAAUGCAGUACAAGCACAAACAGCAUACAGUACAGUGCAUACCUACAGUGCACCGCCUUGAACAGGGCUUCCCCAAGCGAGGCGCCGCCUUGUCUAGCCAAAAGGCUGUCGAUGAUAGGCUUGGAAGCGUCCCUGAACAAUAG